AUGUGUUUUUAUCCUCAAAUAAUUUCAAUAAUUAUUUUGUUAGUGCUGGCUUUAUCAUUAUCAUCACUGUCACUGCUGCCUUCAAGUAGAGUGUACAACAAGUUGCGAUGGAGAAACUCCUCUUUAUGCUCCAAUUCAACCAACAAAUCCCUGGUAUUCAGCAGACCUGGCCUGUCAACAAAUUUGAUAGUUGAAAUGAAGCUGGUUAUGAGGUGUGGCGUGAGAUGUGGAAUGAUGGGCAGUGCUUGUUUUUCAUUCCAGGUGGAUGUCAUCUCUCUGAGUUUCGAUGUAUACAACGUGGCCUGCUUUCAUUUCAAUGACCUACCUAACUCCAUCCACAUCUCCAAUUUCAACAAUAAUUGCUCCUUUUACAUAGCGGAAAAGCCAAUCUACUUGAACGUUUCGUCGUGGGGUUACAACGACGUCAAUAAAAAAGCACCGGAUUCGAGUUUGAUCGACAUCACAGGAAUGCGUGGAUAUCUUCUGAGCACUAACUCAAGAGGGGUGAACGUGUACAAGCUGAACAUGGAAGACGCUUCGUUGUAUGAUUUCAAAAGGUUUGAUAUUUACGAUAACAGCAGUAAAGUUGUCUCCUUGCAGAAUUAUCUCAUGAACAUAACAAACGGAACAGUUCUGAUCGAACAGGUUGCUGACGAUGCCUACCAACCAGCAUUUUCCAGAUCGUUUACAACCUUCAUGAAGGGAAUCAAUCUCGACGUCAUUCAACUGCGCAGCAGAGUGAAGUGGGUCUUCGUGUGGCAGCAAGCGGCUUACGAGAAAUCUCUUUCUUUUUUUGAUACUGCCAACAAAUCAGAUUGGACAGAAGUUAAAAUCCAGACGAUAUCAUAA